AUGGCCCAGAACUUGAAGGACUUAGCGGGACGGCUGCCUGCCGGCCCUCGGGGCAUGGGCAUGGCGCUGAAGUUGCUGCUGGGGGCCGGCGCCGUGGCGUACGGCGUCCGUGAGUCCGUGUUCACUGUGGAAGGCGGCCAGAGGGCCAUCUUCUUUAAUCGGAUUGGUGGAGUGCAGCCGGACACCAUUCUGGCUGAAGGCCUUCACUUCAGGAUCCCCUGGUUCCAGUACCCCAUCAUCUAUGACAUCCGGGCCAGACCCCGAAAAAUCUCCUCCCCUACAGGCUCUAAAGAUCUGCAGAUGGUGAACAUCUCCCUGCGAGUGCUAUCUCGACCCAAUGCCAUGGAACUUCCCAGCAUGUACCAGCGCCUCGGGCUAGACUAUGAGGAGCGAGUGUUGCCAUCCAUCGUCAAUGAGGUGCUCAAGAGUGUGGUGGCCAAGUUCAAUGCCUCACAGCUGAUCACCCAGAGGGCUCAGGUGUCCCUGUUGAUCCGAAGGGAGCUGACAGAGAGGGCCAAGGACUUCAGCCUCAUCCUGGAUGAUGUAGCCAUCACAGAGCUGAGCUUUAGCCGAGAGUAUACGGCUGCUGUAGAAGCCAAACAAGUGGCCCAGCAGGAGGCCCAGAGGGCCCAGUUCUUGGUGGAAAAGGCAAAGCAGGAACAGCGGCAAAAGAUUGUACAAGCUGAGGGUGAGGCAGAGGCUGCCAAGAUGCUGGGAGAAGCACUAAGCAAGAACCCUGGCUACAUCAAACUACGUAAAAUCCGGGCUGCCCAGAACAUCUCCAAGACGAUCGCCACGUCACAGAAUCGUAUCUAUCUCACUGCUGACAACCUUGUGUUAAACCUCCAGGACGAAAGUUUCACUCGAGGAAGCGACAGCCUCAUCAAGACUAAGAAAUGA